AUCACAAAGCCUCGCUUUCGUGCCGCUCCGCCAUUUUAGACAUAUGUCGAAGGUCUUUACCAAGUCCGAGCUAUGGAGGCAUGAAUGCGGACAAUUCAUUUCGUGGCGUGUUCGAUAGAACUUGCCGAAGACUUCUCCAGAUGGUAAUGGCCACAGAUUUAUCUCCGAAAGGUGUACUUAGUCCGAAUGAAUUGAAAACAACAGUAAAUUCGUCGGACAUGAAGGGAGCGCCGAAGCAGAGCACGCGAAGCGAAAGACAAUUCAAGCGUCUUUUGAGAUCAAAAGCGUCAAAUUCUUCCCCGAAUUCUGUCACAAACAAUGAUGUUCAGGAAAGUAAUUGCAUAGAGCAUGAAACUGAUUCGUCUGUUAGGCAACCUGGAGCGUUAGCAGUUGGCGAGCCUAACCAUAAAAGUGAGCCAUGCCAAGUUACACAAUUGAGGCAGUUAUUGCUACUGCAUUUGGAACUCAUACAGCAACAACAAGAACAGCUGCAAAUGAAAGACAGAGAGCUGAACCAACUCAAGAUAGACAAAGAACAGUUGGAAGCUCGAAUGCAUCGUAUGGAGAGGCGUAUGGCAGUGAGAAAGAGAAGCAGAAAUCUUAGCAACAGUGACCAAGAAUGCACUGAAGAGAAAACUAAACCACUCGCACCAAAAAGUCGUCGAUUAUCUGUGGAACAAAUGAUCCGGAAGAAAAGAGUCCCCACAUCAUUUUCAGUGGUGAUGAGUUCAUGUAUGAGUAAUGACCUCAGCUAUGAUACUCAUAUGAGGACAGAACUCUUAUAUCUACAUAAUCUGCCUGAAGGAGAAAAGGCAAAACCAACCCUAAACACCACAGCACCAACUGCUGACAAAGAUGUAGUUGUACCUCAAUGGCAAGUGAAUGUGCUCCAACCUUCACAUCCUUCAGGCUCCAAAUCUGCCCGUUCUUCUGCAAGAAAUGUUCCUCUCACAAGUGAGGACCAGCCUGAGAAUAUCGAGGAUGAUGCGUUUAUCAAGCGCCACAUUAAACAAGAGUUGGAAGAAAAAAGAAGGAAAAGAUGGGAUGUGCAGCGAUUUAGAGAACUGCAACAACAUAAAAGCCUUGAAGAAAGGAACCGGAUGAGAGAGGAAGCUAGGCUAAAAGGCAGGAAAUCACUCAGCAAAGACUGCACUGACUCAGAGCAGCAGACUGUCUCACCAUCUGUAGAAGAAAUUUUAGCAGUGGAAGUUUCUGACACUGUUCCAGUCUCAGUGUUUGGCUGCCCUGUUCCCUUAUUCCAAUCAAGAGAGUUUGAUAUACCUUGGUUCAGUUUAGAGAGAAGAGAGCUUCAAGAAAGGGCACUUAGGGAGAAACCCAAAUCUACCCGUGGCAGAGGCAGAGUCAGAGGGUGUGGAGGUCGAGGGGGUCGAGGUCGGAGAGGUCGUGGAUGUUGGAUUAGGAAAAUGCUUUGACAGUUUAUUCUAGCAUUGUACAUGUACAGUAUAUAUAUAUAUGGACCUUAUGCCUGUAUAUAUAUAUAUAUAUAUAUAUAUAUAUAUAUAUAUAUAUAUAUAUAUAUAUAUAUAUAUAUAUAUAUAUAUAUAUAUAUAUAUAUAUAUAUAUAUAUAUAUAUAUAUAUAUGUGGACCUUAUGGCUGCCGGGUAUACAUAGUUGUAAUGAUAUUGAUUUGAUUAGGGGUUUACCUGUACAUUUUUUUACCAAUAAUAGUGUUUUAGCCGAUUUUCAAAUUCAGUUUACAUCCCAAGUAUUUUUAGUUCAAUUUGAUAUUGAAAUUUACUUUGAUUUCUUUAUUUCACACUUAAUAAUGGAAAAGACUUGUUUGUUUUUAUAGAACCCUAUUCAUUUUUUUAUUUAUUGCACACAUAGAUGCUGAAAGUUUUUGGUGCAGUUAUGUUAAGCCAACCCUAUCUCAUGCAUGUACAAUAAGGUUGCACAACCCUCUUUAUUCAAGUUUCGUUCCAUGUUGUCUUAAAUGAAAUGCAGAUCAUUCGAAUAAAAUUUGAAAGGAAAUGUA